AUGUGCCUCGAAGCGACUUGUGAAAAGUCAGUACCCCUCAGGAAUUCAACAAGAUCUGCCGGAGCUGACCAAGGCUUCUCACCUCUUUUCUCAGCUGCAACCAAUUGACGUGGUAGGUCACGCGACUCGGACUCGUGCCCCACAUCUCCUCAUGCACUGGCGCAUCCCCACAAAGGGCGUGCUCCACCAAGCGGGCAAGCUUACUGACCACCUACGAAUGCCUCGAUCUCCCUUAUCAAUGGCCUGGAUACGUGCAUAGGUGGUGAAUUGUCUCGCCCUACAUGCGAUGUACCCUGCUCCCGGCGCGGUUAGCUGAUCAUACGACACGCUUGCCCCAUCAUCCCUAUGCAUGUCGCUUCCUUGAACGCCAUUGAACAUCAAAAGGGGAUGCGGAGGUCACAUUGCCUCGGUGAUGGACAAGAUUCCCGACGGCAAGCAGUGCAAGUGCGACCAACCGGGUGGACCGGGGGCCAAACCUAGGAAGCCAUCAACGGUGAGUGCCUGUUUUCUCAGUUCCUUGCGCCUUCAACAGCGACAUGAUCCCCUCCCUUCUGCUGCUCUGAUGCUUGAUGUGACGUUGUUGAUCAGUGCAGCCGCUGAUGCCAAUAUCCGUCGUUCUACUCUUGCUCGCGGCGCUGUAUUGGUGGUUGACGUAGGCUCCCGCGGGCAAAGUCGAUGUGCAUUACAAGGGACCUCAGGAGUGA